GUUAAACUAACUCAUCUUUUCCAACAGAGAAAAGAUCAAUAUUUUGGCUAAACUAAACUCUUAUGCAAGAUAAUAAGAGCAAAGGGUUUAUAUCAUUCUUUUAGGUUAUUAGGUUUCUUUUUUUAAAAAACUUUUGAACCCUUUGAGGAUUGUAAUAAAAAUGUUAUCGUUUCGAAUGCCAUCUAUCGGAAGCAAUCCUACCGCAUUUGCUGCAAAAAUAACGGACAGCCCCAAGACCGUGGCGCAGCUCAAGUCAGCUGCGACACCUUCGCCUCAUAGCACUGUCACGUGUGGUUACCAAGCUCACGUGGCCGGCUACUUUCGAAACGUUACAGUUUUAUGGUCCAAGAAUCUCAUGAAUCAUUCUCUUACCGUCAUGGUUUCGAGUUUGGACAAUGACAUGAAUUAUUGUUGUAAGAUUGAUCUUGUGAAGCCAUGGCAGUUUUGGAGCAAAAGAGGGUCAAAGUCGUUUGACGUUGAGGGAAACUUUGUGGAGGUCUUUUGGGAUCUUCGGUCAGCAAAAUUGGCUGGAAAUGGUAGCCCUGAACCUGUGUCAGAUUAUUAUGUGGCAAUAGUUUCUGAUGAAGAGGUUGUUUUAUUAUUGGGGGAUUUAAAGCAAAAGGCAUACAAGCGGACAAAGUCAAGACCCGCAUUGGUGGAAGGGUUCAUAUACUUUAAAAAGGAAAGCAUUUUCGGGAAGAAAAGUUUUUCGACUCGGGCUAGAUUCGACGAGCAAAGAAAGGAGCAUGAAGUGGUUGUUGAGAGCUCUAAUGGAGCGGCCGAGCCAGAGAUGUGGAUAAGCGUGGACGGGAUUGUGGUUGUGCAUGUGAAGAAUCUACAAUGGAAAUUUAGAGGUAAUCAAAUGGUGUUGGUGGAUAGGACACCAAUAAUGGUCUACUAUGAUGUUCAUGAUUGGUUGUUUGCAACUUCGGAGACUACGGCAACUUCAGGGUUGUUUUUGUUUAAGCCUGUCGCGGUCGGAUCGAUGGUAGAUGAGUGUUAUAGCGAUGAGGAGGAAGGGGAUAGCGCAGGAGGGAGUAGUCCUUUGAGUCGUUACAAUUCAGCAUCAAGUGGUUAUGGACCGUUACAUGACUUUUGUUUGUUUCUUUAUGCUUGGAAACUUGAAUGAAGAAUAAUA